ACAAUUGAGAAUAAAAUACAAGUAUUUUCAUAGUAGUCCUCGGAACGUAACAAUGUCAGCUCUAAUAAAAAGUGUAAAAUUCUUUAAUAGGAUAAACAAAAAUCCGGCAGCAAUUUACACAAUUGUGCGAAAUGCUGGAGGAUGGAAUAAAGAUUUCGCGCCAGAACCACUUCCAAAAACCGAGGAAGAACGUCGUGCAGCGGCAAAGAAAUAUGGAUUACUGCCCGAAGAAUAUAAAACCUACCCAGAUGACUUACCUUACGGCGAUUAUCCUCAUUUAGAAGACAAACCAUACGAGCAAAAAGAUAUCUAUUAUCCAUAUGAUCACCCUGAAUUCCGCAGAAAUUUUGGUGAACCGAUUCAUGCUGAACAUGAUUUGCAUGAAGAAACUCGUGCCGGAACAGCCGCACCGCUCAGAUAUUCAAUGGGGGUUAUGUGGGCAUCGUUCCUUGGUGUUAUGUGUGGAACUUUUGCACUGUAUGUUUUCCUAGAGGACAAAAAAAUGUAUCAGCCAGCGAUGCCGAGACAGAUGCCGAAAGAUGUGAAAAAUGGUGCAAAACACUAUAGUUUCGAACCAGCACGAUAAGGUCUUAACAAAUAUCAUAUUCAAAUGAGAAAAUUAUUGUCAAUAAAAUUGUUAAUUUACACAUGCA